CCUAUUCCUUCAUUAUGUCCGAGAACAAGAUUCAGAGCGAAGACCUUUUGGCACACAAGUGGGAUCGCGUAAUCUCCAACUUUGUGGUCAAGACUGGCUUAGGUUUGAGUGUUGGAAUUGUCGCAUCGGCCUUGUUGUUCAAGAAGCGUACAUGGCCUAUUGCUAUCAGUACCGGAUGGGGUUUCGGUGCCGCCUAUGCUGAUGCCGAGCGUGUGUUCCAUCCUCAUCAUGUACCCGGUGUUGAGUUCCAUAAGGAAGAACCCUCUGUUUAGACUUUAUUAAAAAACAAAACAAAAACAAAAAAGUAACACCAAGAAGACGACUGUUGGCUAUAUUUACACACAUACACACACACAUCAACUUGGCUUAAUGUGGCAGAUUUUUUCUGCUUAUAUAUUGUGGAAGAAGGGAAAUUUGUUUUAUUGACUUAUCGACAGGGUCACCUCAACCCCCAGCCAUACACAUUAUCUGGGUGUAUCUGUAUCUGUAUAUGUUUGUGUGUAGUUUGUACCAAAUUGAAUUAACAUUAUUGUCACAUGACAUACUGU